AUGGAAUGUCUUACAGGUCUUUGGUCAUUUGCAUAUUACGUUCAGCUCCAAGAAUUGACUGCCCUUGUUCGUCGACUCAUAAAUGAUGAUAGCAAGCUUCGCAGAUGGCCUGUCAGCUCUUUGGUAGCUGCUGUUGAGAUGGACUACCUGUUCAUCCAUCAAGGCCUAAACCGAUCUUACAUAGAAAUGCAAAAAUAUCAUGUCGCUUAUUCUGUAGCUGGUGAUUUAAUAGUCGACAAGGUUACAAUGAGCAAUCGAGCAGCGAUGAUGCAAUUUUAUGUCGAAGAUUCGGUAAUGCCAGAGCCGGUAGUUGAGGGCGGAUAG